UUAAAAGUUAAGUCCCCAGAGACCGCUGCUGCCCAUUUGCAAAGAAGAGCUAUUAACCUCUUGUAAAAAAACGCGGGUAUAAUCUCGAUAUGGCAGCAUGCGACUUAUACUUCGUAUUCCUAAUAUUUGCGGCUCAUAAAUUGACUGACGCUGUGAAGUUAAACCAACCGCGAGUGUUGCUUCCCAUUUUCAACGACAAACCCGUCAACUUCACUUUGGAGGUGGACGAACGAAAUUGCUACAAAUGAUUUCAGGACAUCUUCCCGUCAAGACCUUAUAUCUGUUCAACCGGUGUAUCAUGGCUUCAGCGAUCUUCGAGCUGCACGCCUUCGACUCUCAGGGCAACGAGUUCUUCACCCUCGAGGGAAUCGAGUUCAACUGGGACAUCUCGGAGCAUGACAGCAAGAAGCCGCCCGCAAUGCGGUUCCUCACCAUCUCGAAAAGCCAGUACCACACUGUGCCCCCCGCCCUCGAGAAGUUCGAAGCCGCUGGCAUCAAGGGCUACAUGAUCCUGCUGGAGGGUAUCAAUACGGGCACUUCAAAGAUAACAAUCACAAUGCCCUAUGCCGAGUACAGCAAUGUGAAGCCCCUGGAAAUAUAUAUCAGUGUACUGGCCAAUAUCAUUAUCGAGCCUUCCGAGGUUACGAUCCUGAAAAAAGACUCCAUUAGCUUCCGCAUUCUCCAGCUGAAGAUGGACAAGCUGCAUGAUAUUACGAAGAGCAACCAGUACUUCCUCGAAGUGGAGGAUGCCACAGUGGCCAGCUUAAUGGGCAACACUGCAACGGGAAACGAACUGGGGCGCACCCAGAUCAUAUUGCGCGAUCGAAACAUGCCGGAAACCGAUAAGAACACCAAGGGCCCCAGUGCCCUGUUGACAGUGGCAGAGCCCCAUAAGCUGGGCAUCAGCCUCCUGCCUCACAACUGGGUGACGGUGGAGGGCGAGCGGCACGAGGUGGCCUUCGACCUAUACGCUCCAGAUGGCCAGAAGGUUAAUAAUGAUAUUGGCCAGUACACUGAUAUAUGUAUAUUUCCAGGGGCUUCACACGUGCCGACGCCUCUCACCAUUUGUAGCAAUUUCGUUCGUCCACCUCCAAAGUGAAGUUGACGGGUUUGUCGUUGAAAAUGGGAAGCAACACUCGCGGUUGGUUUAACUUCACAGCGUCAGUCAAUUUAUGAGCCGCAAAUAUUAGGAAUACGAAGUAUAAGUCGCAUGCUGCCAUAUCGAGAUUAUACCCGCGUUUUUUUACAAGAGGUUAAUAGCUCUUCUUUGCAAAUGGGCAGCAGCGUUCUCUGGGGACUUAACUUUUAACUUAACUUUGUAACUAAACUUUGUAACUUAUUUUUAUAACUUUUAACUACUUUAAGGAAAUAAAAACACGCGCAGUUUUCAUAAAUUAAAA